AUGGUCAAAACACUACCUUUCGGCUCCUCGGGCAUCNAAGUGAACAACCCUGGCUUCGGAGCCAUGGGUUUAUCCUUUGGUCUCGGAACCAACUUGACACCCGAACAAGCCGAGCCUGUUCUUCUCAAAGCCAUUGAACUCGGAUGCACCUUCUGGGACACUGCCGUCGUCUACGCAGCAGGCAUCAACGAAUCCCUCCUCGGCGACUUCAUCCGCAAGCACAACGUCCGCGACAAGGUCUUCAUUGCCUCCAAGUGCGGGUUCGCCGUCUUUGAAAAGGCAGGCGUCACGAACUCUGCCGAGCACAUCAAGAAGUACAUUGAUGGCACCAUCGAGAGACUGGGCUUUACUCCUGAUCUCUACUAUCUUCAUCGUAUUGAUCCCGAUACUCCACUUGAAGAGUCCAUCACUGCUCUCGAUGAGAUUCGCAAGGCUGGAAAGACAAAGUACAUUGGACUGUCUGAGUGUUCGGCGAGCACAUUGAGAAAGGCGAAUGUUAUUGCCAAGAUCGAUGCUGUGCAAGCUGAAUACUCUGCUUUCGAGACUGUCCACGAGACAGAUGGGUUGAUUAAGGCGACCAGAGAGUUGGGAGUCGCCUAUGUGGCGUACAGUCCUUUAGGCCAUGGAUGGUUGGUCGAUGACUUUUCCUUCAAGACUCCUGAUGACUUUGCUCCUGAUGAUUUCCGCCGCACUUCUCCCAAAUUCCAAGGCGAAAACUUCUACAAGAACAGAGCCAUUGUCGAGGAGAUCAAGAAGCUAGCCGACAAGAAGGGUUGCGGUAUUACCCAGGUCGCUCUUGCUUGGGUUGCCGCUCAGGGCUUUAUUGCCAUUCCUGGUACGACCAAGAGCCACAGACUGGAAGAGAAUUGGGCUUCCAGAGACGUUGAUCUGAAUGAAGAGGAAAAGGCUGAGAUGAGAAAGAUUGUCGACAAUGCAAAGCCUCAUGGUAACAGAUACGGCGAAGCCAGCCAGAAGCUGGUCGGACACUAA